GGGGCAGGAGAGGGCCCAGAGCUUAAAACCUAAACUGGCUGGAGUGGAGAAGUGGCGUAGCAAGGCUGUUUGGGCUUGUUGCUUGGUCGUGUCUUAGCAGCCGCAGGGAGCACAGUCCCGCAGCACCGAGGCGCUGCGAUCACAAGGUUGGUGUUCAUGGUGCUGGUGCUUAACAGUGGAUGAGAACUCACCACCAACAGUUACGGAGCAUUCCAAGGUUGAAGAGUGACUUCUGUGAAAGAUGGUAGAUGCUGUGAAAUUAUGCGAGUCUUCUAACUCUCAGCUUAACUGGCCACAGCCUGAAGAACACUCCCAGAAAGAGGAAGGAGAAGGGAAAGAAUCAAAAAUCAAAUACUAUCUGCUAACAGUUGUUACAGAAGACCGCCUUAAGGAGCUAGUGGCUGGUAGACUUGGGAAAGAAGCGGAGAAUCAAGAACAGGAGGGGCUGGUACAUGCAGAAGAGCAGAAGGUGUCAUCAGGAAGUCAAAGAGAAAACAUCUGCCAGAACAGUGACCUAGGUUAUCAGAAGGGUGAAAAGUCUCAAAAUGCCAGUUCGCAAAUAGCCUUUGAGGAGAAACAGACAGUGGUAUCCAGGAAGAGAUGCUGUAAUGUGGGAGACGUCCAAGACAGUGUGAUCUCAGGGAGACCUUCACCAGGGCAGAGUACUUAUGAGUGCACUGUGUGCAAGAGAUGUUUCAGCCGCAGCUCAAGCCUCUUCCAUCAUCAGCGUGCCCACAGUGCAAAAACACUUCACAAGUGCACACAGUGUGAGAGGGUAUUCAACUUCAACUCAGCUCUGAUUCAGCACCAAAAGAUGCACCAGAAGCAGAAAGUAUCAUUAGAGUGUACAGAGUGCGGUGACCAUUUUACUUGCAGAUCUGGGCUCACUAUCCAUCAAAGGACUCACAAAAGGGAGAAGAAGCCCUACAUGUGCUUACAAUGCAAUCAGCGUUUCUACCGUGCUUCUGAGCUGGUGACUCAUGCUCACUUGUGAAUGUGAUCCUUUGGGCCUCAGUAAACGGGAGCCAAAGGAAUAAGGAAGAAGUACCAACUUGUCUAAAAUUUUUUUUCACCUGAUCUAACAUAAAGUUGUGUGCAGGUAAUGUCUAAGAUUGGCAAAGGUAAAAUUAUAAAUAUCCUCAGCUGGAAGAGACCCACAAGAUCACUGAGUCCAAUUCCUGGCUCCACACAGGACUAUCCGAAAUUCAAAUCAUAUUUCUGAGAGCAUUGUCCAAAUGCUUCUUGAAUUCUGGUAGGUAGCCCCCAAUGCAAAGAGCGUGAUUGGAAGAUCAGCUAAUUGCUAAGAUAAUCCUGUGGCUGAAGAAUGAAUCUCCCUUCUAACAUAUAAGCUUCUGUUAAGAUGGAAAUAGGAGUUUGAAUUUAUUUUAAAGAUAGUAUUUGAGAGAGAAAUAGGACAGAUUACUGGCGAAGAUGAGAACUAUGUGCUUGUAUUGGUACAGUUUUGAUUCUAGGUUCAGCUACAGGGUGACCGUGUGCUAAUUACUUUGUCUAUCUAUGCCUUUAUGAUUCGGUUUAAAAUAAAUGUUAACUUAAAUGUUAAACUUAAGUUUCUCACUGUAGAGUGUGGACUAACAUUUGUCUGGAUACUGAAGUUACUGGAGACAGAUGUUUUGAGUAGUUUAAUGGGCAACAUUAUGAAAGCCUAAGUGUCACUUCCAUUGGCUUUGAAAGGGAAAAUAUUCUAAAACUGUGCUUUAGAAGUUUUUCACCUUCUAAUGGUUUUUGGGUUGUGAACUUGCAAGGCAUUUCUGAACGUUAGCCUUUUGUAAUCAUCCAGGGUUUCUGAAGGGAUCAGCACCUGAUCAAACAUCAAAACAAACCAUUCUUUCCCACCCAGUGCUUAUAGAUCUCUGUAAGUCCUUGGCGUCAGCAGAACAUCUUUGAUGGUGAUGCUAGGAGUCAUCUCCUAGAAGUCUUUAAUUCCCAGCUUACCUACUAUCUAGUUGAAGAGAAGGCAAUUACUUGAGAAUUGGACUUAAAGAUAGACAUGUCAGACCAGUGUCUCUACUGUCAUGGAAAUCAUCAGGAUACUCAAACCAAAAAUAAAAAGAGGACUUUUACUAUGCAGUUACACAUUUAAUGUAAAAUUGGGAAGUUACUAAGAAUUGAAAUGACUGUCUCAUUCUCUCUGUCCCCUCUUGAAUUUCACCAACUGAGUAGUCUCUGCUGAAGUUGGACCCCAUCUUAUGGGUCCGCAGAUAUCAGAUUAUUGAUGUAUGCUACAAUUCCUUCCCUAAAGUAGUUUAACCAGUUUUCACUGAGGUGAAAGGAUCAAGAGAGAGACUCUGAGGUACCAAAGCAUGCUGGAGAAGCAGCUGUCAUUACAGCCUGCUUUCUUGAUGUGAGUCCACCUUGCUUUAGGGCUGUGUUAGCUUUCCUGUGGAUGUAAUUAGCAGUAAUAAUGCCAGAAGACUAUUUUUGUAUAUUAAUAAACAUAUUUUAUGUUUAUUGAAGUUAUACUUCUUCUUACCUCCUUUCACAGCACCUGCCAUCCAAAGUGUCUGGAAAAAGUUUCAGAAUCAGGAGAUCUUGAUUUUUUUUAAAAUAUUUCUGAGAUACCACAGAUACCUCAGAUAUCACAGAAUCACAGAAGAGGUUGGAAGGGACCUCUAGAGAUAAUAGAGUUCAAGCCUCAUAUAAUGUUAUCUCUGAUCCAGCAGUCACUUUGUGCACAUUUUUAGAAGCCUGAGUUCACUUAUUCUUCCAUCUUAACUGUUGUGUUGUGUUCUGUUCUCUUAUAAGAUUAUUGGCAGGUAUUAUUGACAGCUUAUGUAAUAUAUAUAUAUCUUUUUUUCUUGCUCCUUUAAAUGAUAUUUGUUAUAAUAGUAAAUAUGAAUUAUGUGGAAAAAUAAAAUUUACAAUGAGAUGAAGCUUCAGCUUUGUGUUUUGACAACUGACUACUUCUGUUUUACUUUUUUUUUUUUCUUCAUUGUAGUGGAUAUAAUGUUUUGGGGCUUUAAUCUUUAUUUGAGUAUAUAUAUAUAAAGUCUGUAUAUUGUAUCUGGACAAUACAUAAGCAUAAUUAACUUAAAAUUCAUUAAAGGCUAAGUAUUACAACCCUUGUUUGUGAUGGAUUGGUGAUGCUCAACAGUUGUAUUGGUGAGCAUACAUGCUUACAUGCAUGAGCAUCCACCAACAUCUGCAUUUCUCAGCCAAGCAUGAGCUUUGAUACUAGUGACAAUGACUGCACUCUGCCUAUUGCAACUGUUAAGUUGUACACUGGGCAUCAAUUUUCAGUCUU